AUGUCAGACACGAAUGCACGUUCGCAACAAAUGGCCGAGGAGGAAGCGAACUCGGUGUUCAGUCACGACGAGGGCUCAAGCGGUGAUGACACGACCAACAACGGCUCGGGUGGCCCCCCGAGGAAGCGCAAACGGGAAAAGCACCAAAAGACGUCAUGCGAGCUGUGCAAAGCAAGGAAGGUGAAGUGUGAUCGUGCAGAGCCUGCAUGCUCAUGGUGUGCCCGACACAAUCGGACCUGUGUCUACCUGGAAAGACAGAAACCCGGGAGUCGCAUUGGCUUCAGUCUUGAACUUGAGGCCAAGGUCAACAGGCUCGAUGCUCUUCUACAGGCCCUUGGCCGUCGGGUGGAAGAGCACAUAUCCAACGACCACGUCGCCGCUCCUCCUGGUCUCUCGCCAGCCAUCAGCAGUCAGGCGCCCUCGCAAGUCGAGGCAUCACAUCAGGAUACCAAUGGCGUCAGCCCAGGCCCCGGUCUUCCCAGACCAACGCCCACGUCGAAUGACAGAACGUCAGCCUUUUCGGGCCCUUUCUGGCAGGGUGGUGAUGCGCAGGGAGCCCUCCAGAGUGGUGAUCGAACCUCGGUACAGGCCCUCCUGAAUCUCUCAGCAAGCGAAUCUUUCAAUCAAACGGGGGCAUCACUCAGCGCGGCCGCGCCUCGAAAAGAUGCAUCGUCUGUUCCGACCGUGUCCGAAUUCCCAUCACACGACUUGUUGUACACGCUUGUCGACCUGUACUUCAAGCAUUGCAACACGUGGUGUCCCAUCCUGGACCGCAAGACAACCUUCGGCGCCUUCUUCGGUUCGACAUCCCUCAACGAGGCCGAUAGGGUUCUCUUGCACGCCAUAGUUGCAACUACCCUGAGGUUCCUGAAAGACCCGCGAUUGUCGCCCGAGAUGUGCUCCCACCACCAUGCACUAUCGAAACACCGGGUGCAGAUAUACGCCAUGGAGAACGUCAGCAUUGCGGCGCUGAGGGCUUUGGUUAUCCUCUGCCUGGAUGAGCUGGGAACUUCAAACGGACCCCGCGGCUGGAACAUGCUCGCACUCCUCGCCCAAAACGUGAGGCAGCUGGACCUCUGCGAGGAGAGCAGCGUGUACCUCACAGCCGAAGUUGAGGAUACACCAAACACCGGCUCGAUCCGCCGUGUUGUUAUGGGCCGACCUGAAUCGUGGAUCGAAGACGAGGGCCGUCGUCGGCUUUGCUGGAUGGUUUACCUCCUCGAUCGAUAUGCAACGAUUGCAACAACCACAUUUGACUUCAUGCUCGAGGACAAAAAGAUGAAGCGCGGCCUGCCGUGUUCGUACGACCUGUUUUCUCGAAACGUUCCCGUCGAAACGAGGUCAUGGAGCCCGUCGUCCGACCAGAUGGGUAGUCCAGAAAUAAACAAACCCGAAAACCUUGGCAGUUUCUCGUAUCAUUGCGAGAUAUUGCGAAUCCUCAGCAAAGUCCACGACUUUCUCAAGACACCCAUCAACGUAACGUCAUCGGCCGACAUGGCUGUCUGGCGCAACACAUACAGAUCGCUGGACAGUGCGCUCGACAGCUGGCUGCAGAGCUUGCCGAGCGAGUAUAGCAGAAUAUCGGCCCUGUGCCACUCCGAUCCAGCAAGCCGCGUCGCCAACUGGUUUAUGCUGCAUAGCGCCUAUGUCACGUCGGUCGUGCGUCUGCAUUCAUCUGCUGCGUACCCCACCGUGAGGUCGCACAUCUUUGUCCCAUCGCACUAUGCGAUGCAAAGGUGCUUGUCUGCCGUGCAAAGUCUGGGCGAUAUUGCGCAAGACGUCUUCGAGGCGAACGGUCUUGAUCUUUUGGGGCCCCCGUUUGCAUUUUCCCUGUGGGUGGCCGCGAGAUUGCUGCUCAUCCACGCCGCAACCGUCGGUUGCCCUGUUGACCCAAAGAUUGAUUUCUUCAUCGAAACGCUGCGUCACGUCGGGCAGUAUUGGGAGGUAGCGAACAACUAUGCCAAGAUCCUCGCUCGGGUGGUACAACGGGGCCGUCAAGGCGACAUGAGCUUCGCCGCCAUGAGAAAGAGCGCCCACGAUUUGGUAACAUUGACAUCCGCCACUCGACGGUCCGGAUUGGAGCCGACGUCGACUCAGGUAACAUCAUUGAGCGAAUUGGACAAUAUUGACGUCUUCGACUUUUUCAACUACCCCAAAAUCUCGGAGCCGACAAGAGUAGCGAACGGCCAUACGAAUCUGCUGCAGCCGCAGGUCAUGAGCGGACUGGGCGGUGAUUCCAUGAGGACUACAGGGCUACCAGAUCCAGAGUCGGACUGGCUUGGCUUCAACACUCCCUUCAACUGA